UUGAUAUUUUCUUCUAUCUCCCAAAACCCUAUUUAAAGACAAACUAAGCCCACUUCUUUCUCCAAUCUAAUUGUCUUCUUCACUAUUUGUGUUCUUAUGCAUUAGUCUUGAUCUCUUUCAUUCCUCUUUAAUUAAUUCAUCUUCUCCAUAUUAAAGCACCAUUAUAUUUUCUCACUCGAUCUCCAUAAGGUUGUUCUCCGCAUUGCACACUCAAGACUCAAACUGCCCUAUAUCAUCACUAGCUGUAUUAAUAUUUUUUCAGAAACAUAUUUUAGAAAGUGUUUGAAAAAUGUCAAGCAGAAGAUCAUCACGCUCAAGACAUUCAGGAGUUUCUUCAAGGAUAUCUGAAGACCAGAUAAAUGAUCUUGUUUCCAAGUUGCAGGACCUUCUUCCUGAGCUUCGUAAUAGGUCCUCUGACAAGGUUUCAUCAGCAAGGGUGUUACAAGACACAUGCAACUACAUAAGAGGCUUGCACAGAGAGGUUGAUGAUCUUAGUGAGCGCUUAUCUCAACUCUUGGCCACUUCAGACACCGCCCAAGCUGCACUUAUUAGAAGCCUACUCUUGCAAUAGAGACCAU